UUGCUAUUCGCACCAGGAGCUGGUGCGAACAAGAAUUUUCAAUUUGCUAUUCGCGCCAGGUCCUGGUGCGAACUGCCCUCCCAGGUAACUAUUCGCACCAGGUGGUAGGGGUGCAUUUGAAGCACGUGUUGGCGCACCUGGUGCGAAUAAUUUUGCACAGGUAUCUGUUCGCGCCAUAUUUGAGAGGGGAACUAGAUACGAUGACGUCAUAACAUUAUUCGUGAAAUGAGGAACGUUCAGCUUCCUUUUGGCGGUGAAUUUUUACAAAAUGGCGGACAAACGCAAACGGCGUAGUUACGCUCCUCGCUUUCCCAGGUCAAAAUCAGCCUUUUCAGGGUGGCAAUCGCGCCUAAAGCGACCUGAAUAAGUGUCAUCGCAUAAGAGUCGGAUAGGGUGUACACGAGAAAGAUUCCUGAGAGCUGAACGACGCCAAGGUCAAUGGGCAGGCGCCGCUAUGAAAAUUUUUGCGGAGCAGAGAUACGCAGUGGCUGAUGGGCAGGCGCCGUCAUGGAGUCACCUGAGAGGAGGCCGACGCUUUUCCCAUCCGCAGGCGCUGCCAUCCAGAUGGCUUGAGUGAAAGCGACCCUGGCUCCAGUGGCAAUCACCGUAAUGCAGUUGAAUUAUAUUUUUCUUCCAUUGAUUCGUGAAUUAAAUCUUUGAAACCAUUUAUAAUAAUUUAUUUGUCAGUGCAGUUGCCACCAUUGAGUCUUCUGAGAGGUGUUGCACCCUGGCUGCGAGUGCUGGCGCCGCCGUGGGUGAUGGGCAGGCGCCGCUAUGAAAAUUUUCCGGAGCAGAGCUACGCAGUGACUGAUGGGCAGGCGCCGUCAUGGAGGCACCUGAGAGGAGGCCGACGCUUUUCCCAUCCGCAGGCGCUGCCAUCCAGAUGGCUUGAGUGAAAGCGACCCUGGCUCCAGUGGCAAUCACCGUAAUGCAGUUGAAUUAUAUUUUUCUUCCAUUGAUUCGUGAAUUAAAUCUUUGAAACCAUUUAUAAUAAUUUAUUUGUCAGUGCAGUUGCCACCAUUGAGUCUUCUGAGAGGUGUUGCACCCUGGCUGCGAGUGCUGGCGCCGCCGUGGGUGAUGGGCAGGCGCCGCUAUGAAAAUUUUCCGGAGCAGAGCUACGCAGUGACUGAUGGGCAGGCGCCGUCAUGGAGGCACCUGAGAGGAGGCCGACGCUUUUCCCAUCCGCAGGCGCUGCCAUCCAGAUGGCUUGAGUGAAAGCGACCCUGGCUCAAGUGGCAAUCACCUUGCCACCAUUUGAGUCUUCUGAGAGGUGUUGUACCCUGGCCGCGAGUGCUGGCGCCGCCGUGGCUGAUUGGCAGGCACCGCUAUGAAAAUUUUCCGGAGCAGAGCUACGCAGUGACUGAUGGGGAGGCGCCGCCAUGGAGUCACCUGAGAGGUGUUGCACCCUGGCUGCGAGUGCUGGCGCCGCCGUGGGUGAUGGGCAGGCGCCGCUAUGAAAAUUUUCCGGAGCAGAGCUACGCAAUGACUGAUGGGCAGGCGCUGCUAUGUAAAUUCUCCGGAGCAGAGAUACGCAGUGGCUGAUGGGCAGGCGUUCCCAUGGAGUCACCUGAGAGGUGUUGCACCCUGGCUGCGAGUGCUGGCGCCGCCGUGGGUGAUGGGCAGGCGCCGCUAUGAAAAUUUUCCGGAGCAGAGCUACGCAAUGACUGAUGGGCAGGCGCUGCUAUGUAAAUUCUCCGGAGCAGAGAUACGCAGUGGCUGAUGGGCAGGCGUUCCCAUGGAGUCACCUGAGAGGUGUUGCACCCUGGCUGCGAGUGCUGGCGCCGCCGUGGGUGAUGGGCAGGCGCCGCUAUGAAAAUUUUCCGGAGCAGAGGUACGCAAUGACUGAUGGGCAGGCGCUGCUAUGUAAAUUCUCCGGAGCAGAGAUACGCAGUGGCUGAUGGGCAGGCGUUCCCAUUGAGUCUUCUGAGAGGUGUUGUACCCUGGCCGCGAGUGCUGGCGCCGCCGUGGGUGAUGGGCAGGCGCCGCUAUGAAAAUUUUCCGGAGCAGAGCUACGCAGUGACUGAUGGGCAGGCGCCGCCAUGGAGUCACCUGAGAGGAGGCCGACGCUUUUCCCAUCCGCAGGCGCUGCCAUCCAGAUGGCUUGAGUGAAAGCGACCCUGGCUCAAGUGGCAAUCACCUUGCCACCAUUGAGUCUUCUGAGAGGUGUUUUACCCUGGCCGCGAGUGCUGGCGCCGCCGUGGGUGAUGGGCAGGCGCCGCUAUGAAAAUUUUCCGGAGCAGAGCUACGCAGUGACUAAUGGGCAGGCGCCGUCAUGGAGGCACCUGAGAGGAGGCCGACGCUUUUCCCAUCCGCAGGCGCUGCCAUCCAGAUGGCUUGAGUGAAAGCGACCCUGGCUCCAGUGGCAAUCACCGUAAUGCAGUUGAAUUAUAUUUUUCUUCCAUUGAUUCGUGAAUUAAAUCUUUGAAACCAUUUAUAAUAAUUUAUUUGUCAGUGCAGUUGCCACCAUUGAGUCUUCUGAGAGGUGUUGCACCCUGGCUGCGAGUGCUGGCGCCGCCGUGGGUGAUGGGCAGGCGCCGCUAUGAAAAUUUUCCGGAGCAGAGCUACGCAGUGACUGAUGGGCAGGCGCCGUCAUGGAGGCACCUGAGAGGAGGCCGACGCUUUUCCCAUCCGCAGGCGCUGCCAUCCAGAUGGCUUGAGUGAAAGCGACCCUGGCUCAAGUGGCAAUCACCGUAAUGCAGUUGAAUUAUAUUUUUCUUCCAUUCAUUCGUGAAUUAAAUCUUUGAAACCAUUUAUAAUAAUUUAUUUGUCAGUGCAGUUGCCACCAUUUGAGUCUUCUGAGAGGUGUUGUACCCUGGCCGCGAGUGCUGGCGCCGCCGUGGCUGAUUGGCAGGCACCGCUAUGAAAAUUUUCCGGAGCAGAGCUACGCAGUGACUGAUGGGGAGGCGCCGCCAUGGAGUCACCUGAGAGGUGUUGCACCCUGGCUGCGAGUGCUGGCGCCGCCGUGGGUGAUGGGCAGGCGCCGCUAUGAAAAUUUUCCGGAGCAGAGCUACGCAAUGACUGAUGGGCAGGCGCUGCUAUGUAAAUUCUCCGGAGCAGAGAUACGCAGUGGCUGAUGGGCAGGCGUUCCCAUGGAGUCACCUGAGAGGUGUUGCACCCUGGCUGCGAGUGCUGGCGCCGCCGUGGGUGAUGGGCAGGCGCCGCUAUGAAAAUUUUCCGGAGCAGAGGUACGCAAUGACUGAUGGGCAGGCGCUGCUAUGUAAAUUCUCCGGAGCAGAGAUACGCAGUGGCUGAUGGGCAGGCGUUCCCAUUGAGUCUUCUGAGAGGUGUUGUACCCUGGCCGCGAGUGCUGGCGCCGCCGUGGGUGAUGGGCAGGCGCCGCUAUGAAAAUUUUCCGGAGCAGAGCUACGCAGUGACUGAUGGGCAGGCGCCGCCAUGGAGUCACCUGAGAGGAGGCCGACGCUUUUCCCAUCCGCAGGCGCUGCCAUCCAGAUGGCUUGAGUGAAAGCGACCCUGGCUCAAGUGGCAAUCACCUUGCCACCAUUGAGUCUUCUGAGAGGUGUUUUACCCUGGCCGCGAGUGCUGGCGCCGCCGUGGGUGAUGGGCAGGCGCCGCUAUGAAAAUUUUCCGGAGCAGAGCUACGCAGUGGCUGAUGGGCAGGCGUUCCCAUGGAGUCACCUGAGAGGUGUUGCACCCUGGCUGCGAGUGCUGGCGCCGCCGUGGGUGAUGGGCAGGCGCCGCUAUGAAAAUUUUCCGGAGCAGAGCUACGCAAUGACUGAUGGGCAGGCGCCGCUAUGAAAAUUUUCUGGAGCAGAGCUACGCAGUGGCUCAUGGGCAGGCGCCGCCAUGCACAUCCGGAGCAUUUAAUUUCGGAGAACAUCCGGCUCACUCAUUGUCAGAUGCUUGGCUGGUGCAUCAAAAUGUCCCAAGCGUUCUUUCUGGUGAUGAACGACUCGGAGACGUGACAGGGCUGGCCCUGCUGGAACCGCAAGAACAACCUGGGUUUGGCGACAAUCAACGACGGUUUCCUGCUCAAAAGCGGUAUCUACCAGCUGCUCAGGAUGCAUUUCCGGGUCAAACCCUACUACGUCAACCUCAUUGAACUCUUCCACGACGUGGCGCUCAAGAUCAGCAUUGCCACAGUCUGGACCUUCUGUCGUCUAUUUGGCCAAAAACCUGACCUGGAGAUAUCCUACAUGAAGCGGUACAACACGAUUGUCAAGUACAAGACUGCCCACUGCUCCUUCCUACUUGAAAUGGGACAAUUCUUCCAAGUGCAGGAUGACUACCUGGACUGCUUCGGAGACCCUGACGUGACCGGAAAGGUUGGAAUGGACAUCAAGGACGGAAAGUGUCCCUGACUGUCGGUCGUCGCACUGUAGUGGUGCACGCCAAAGCAGAGGAAUGUCAUGGCGGCGCUUUUAUGGAGUCUCCUGAGAGGAGGGUGACGCUGGCCUCAUCCGCAGGCGCUGCCAUUUAGAAUGCUUGUGAGAAAGCGACCCUGGCUCGAGUGGCAAUCACCGUAAAUCAGUGAAGGUGUCACUAUGGAGUCUCCUGAAAGGUGCUUCACCCUGGGACAAGGGCAGGCGCUACCAUAUUGAUGCUUCCUGUGAGAAUACUGAUAUCGUCUGUGAUGGGCAGGGGCAGACACUGCCAUGCAGAGAGACGUGAGUGAUGAGCUGGUGCCGUAAUUGAGAAUCCUGAAUAAAGAGUGACGCUAUGCGUGUUGUGGUGAAGUGCUAUAAUGCAGAGUGAUGCCAAGAAAGAAUUUGAAGUAUAGUCUAUAGUCAAAUACGUUAAAUACCAAAAUAAUCCUGGUAAAAUCACUGGAGAAAAUUUUAGUAAUGAUAAUUUUAUAAGCAUCUUUUAGAUUCAAAUUUGGUUUAUUACGGAUCUUUUAUGUACUGUUAAAUUUAAUCAUACUUGAACACUAAUAGUUGCAUCAACUGUAGAUGUCUUUCUAUGCGAUAAUAAAAUAUAUGGUUGUUAAUUGUGCAAUAGCUUUUAUGAAUGAAAACUUUGAACGUUCAAUUCCGAAAAUUUAAUAAAAUCUUUGUGCAAAUCAUCUACA